UGUGAAAUGCAGCGGCGCGGGGCCGUGCACGUUGCUCUUCGCUAAAUACAGGACGCAGCGCGCUCUUCUCACUGCGCGUGCCGCGGGAAGACGUCACCGCCGCUGCGGAGCGCCUUAAUCUCCUUUUUAUUUCAGUGGUCACGGCCCGUUGCCAGGACGACGGCCUCGCUGCCGGGAGGAGGGCUUCGGGCGGGCGGGCGCUGAAGGGAUGGAUGGGGGCGGCUGCGUCUCGGCUCGGAGGGAAUGUGCUCCUGUUUACCUGGAAUUUCCUCUCGCGGCGUGCCCGCGGUCGCCCGAAGAUCUCCGGUUUCUGUUAGGAGAGGCGGGGAGAGUCUGGAAAAACUAACCUGUCUCUCGCGAAGCAAAACAAACGCUCGCCGUCUUAUUUUCUUAAAAAGUCACCGGCAAUCCCCUAAUUGAGGGGACUGACUCAUGGCUUCUAAGCCCAGACCUGCUGGUGCGGUUGUGCGUUAGGCGCUGCCGUUCUGCUGACUGUCGUAUGGGGCACGGGAAGGGCCUCCGCGCCCGCCCGGCAGUUCUGCGGCUGAGGUCGGCGUAGUGCCCGAGGAUUGUGUUUCUGAGGUGUCUGUGAGGACUGCAGCCCGCGUACCCCUUCCUGCUGGCAGCCCUGCCCCGGCAGAGGUCGGAGCUGGGUGGUCUUAAGGUCCCUCCCAACCCAAGCGCGCUAUGAUUCUAUUAUUUCACAGGGUGGCUUCUUGUUUCCUGAAGAUACGUUUAAGUUCUCGGUUCUUCCCCUGGUUUUCUGUUUCUGUGGAUUGCUGUGCUUGCUGAAGCAGACGUUGCUCAUCUGAGCUCUUACGGAGGUGUAACUUCCAAGUGUAGCUCUGGCCUGCCAAGCUUCAGUGAUGUGCUCAAAAGCAGAUGGGCGGUGGAUGCAUUGAGGAUGGAGAACUGUCACCUGCUGCAGGGGUGCUGUUUGCUCAGUCUUCUUCCAUUUGCCCUUUGGUGUGGGCCAGAAGAGUGACAGAAAAAGCAUUGCUGAGCUUUGCGCCAGUCUUGCAGCAAGGCUGAAGGUUUGGAAACAAAACAGCAGAAGUUUAACAUGCAAGAUGAGCAGGGUUGAGUUUUGCAAGCACUAAGACCAACAGAGAAGUCACACUUCAGACUGUCAUCCAAUAGGCGCUGUCUGUGCACUGGGCAGCGUGCACCAUUUACAGCUGUUUGGAACAGAGAUAUCUGCUUGUGUCAACAAGUGGUGUGGGAUUAAUGGAACUGUAACAUUUGGGUCACUGAGUCAGUCUCUCUGCUGCUUCCCAGGAAGAACUGACCUAACCUAGGCCUUUUGUUCUUUAAAAAGUAUUGUAAUAGAAGAACAAGGAUUAAGCCCUGCUUAAGAAGAAAGGUAUUUCACUGGAUACAGCUGCUCAUCUCUUUGCUUGCCCUGGGACUGUCAGUCUCACUGCCUCACAUGUGUUUUCUGGCUGCUGCCAUUCACAUCUGCUGUGCUUUGUGAGCUUAAACAGCACUGCAUGAAGGGUGCCAUGCAAAUUCUGACUACAACCAGUGACAGUGUGCUGCAAGGCCAGGGCAGAAGAAAAUUCAGAUACAACAUGGAUCAAGGAGCUCCAGAAUCCCACCAUGAUUUCCAGAGAUGUACCUAAGCAGCUGGAAACAUCAGACAGACACUGAUCUGGCCUCUGGCUGAGCUGAUACACGCUCUUGGGACAUGGUGACCGCAGUUUACUACAGAGCUCUAAGAAGCUCAGCCCACUGCAGUGGAUUUAACUCAUCUUCCCCUAUGGUUUGUAGUUUGUCUUCACAGCCUUUUUCCCCCCUUUAUCUUUUCAGGAUCAGUUUCCUCACCAGGUUCCUGGGCUAGAAUCAUUCUAGAAGGGCCACAGAUAUCAGCAAUGUAUUCCUGUGAACAUGCCAGUGAAACACGCGUUAUUUAGUAUUGAUUUGGCGGUCUGAAAGUGCUCGGCACUGUACUGAACAAAGCAGACAACGGAGUUAAUGACAACUCCUAACAAGAUGUGCUGAACGGUGAAGACAUCUAAACCAGCUUGCUAUGGAAACUGAAAUAACGGGCUUGUGAAGCUGCUUCUGAAACGUACUAAGCAAACAUUUACAAGGUUCCUUCAAGCUUCAUCCUCCAAGUUGCAAAACACUCCUAUGUUAGGUUUGAUAUAAUCCGAAGGAUAUUGACUCGUUUUUUUGAAACUGAAGUUAUCAUGGUGAUGGGGAUUACAGACAUAGAUGACAAGAUCAUAAAAAGAGCCAGUGAGAUGAAUAUAUCGCCAGUAGCUCUUGCUCGUAUGUAUGAAGAAGACUUUAAACAAGAUAUGGCAUCAUUAAAGGUCCUUCCUCCGACAGUAUAUAUGAGAGUGACUGAAAACAUUCCUCAGAUAAUUUCCUUCAUAAAGACAAUAAUUGCUAAUGGACAGGCUUAUGCAACUUCCCAAGGCAAUGUUUAUUUUGAUGUCCAGUCUUGGGGAGAAAGGUAUGGAGUAUUAACUGCUGUUUCUGCUGAUACACAAAGUGAAGCAGUUGAUACCGAUAAGCGGCAUGGUAGAGAUUUUGCCCUGUGGAAAGCUGCCAAACCUCAAGAGUUAUCGUGGGGUUCUCCCUGGGGAAAGGGAAGACCUGGGUGGCACAUUGAAUGCUCCACGAUAUCAAGUGCAGUGUUUGGAAAGCAGCUGGAUAUCCAUACCGGUGGAAUAGAUCUUGCGUUUCCUCAUCAUGAAAAUGAAAUUGCACAGUGCGAGGUGUAUCAUCAGUGUGAGCAGUGGGGGAAUUAUUUUUUGCAUUCUGGGCAUUUGCAUGUUAAAGGAAGUCAAGAAAAAAUGUCUAAGUCAUUAAAAAACUACAUAACGAUCAAGGAUUUUCUGAAGAAAUUCUCCUCGGAUCAGUUCAGGAUGUUCUGUUUGCGCAGCAGGUACAGCUCAGCUGUAGAAUUUAGCGAUGAGACCAUGAAUGAUGCCAAGAACAUUCUCCAGGCAAUCUCCUCAUUUAUUAGAGAUGCAAAUGCUUAUAUAAAAGGACAGCUGGUGUGUGACCCUGUUAGAGAAGACGUACUGUGGGAAAGGCUGGCCAGCACAAAGGUAAACGUGAAGGCUGCGUUUGCAGAUGACUUUGACACCUCCAGGGCUGUUGCAGCAAUUAUGGACCUCAUUCACCAUGGCAACAGACAGCUUAAGGCUGUUACUAAGGAUGUUGGAUCUCCCAGGAGCUCGGUUGUAUACGGGAGCAUUACUUCCUAUGUAGAAAGCUUCUUUAAUGCCCUCGGGAUGUCCUUUGAAGAAAGGCAGGUGGCAGUAGGAGGAGGAAAUACAGCUCUGCUCUCAAAUGUGAUGGAUGAGCUCGUGAGCUUCCGCACAAAGGUUCGGAACUACGCUCUUGUGCUGCCGGAAGCCACAGAGACUGUGCAAAUGGAGGAAGGUGAUGUGGGAGCAAAAGGACCAAAAGAAGAACAGAAAGAGAAGAGACAGCAGUUGAUGCAGGAGAGAAAACCCCUCCUGGAGGCCUGUGACAGCCUGCGUGGGGACCUGGCUGCCUUUGGAAUCCACAUCAAGGACAGAAGCACAGCUUCGACGUGGGAAAUGGCAGAAGGCGGGCGAGCAGAGCAGCAGGCUGAGGAGAAGAGCUGAGCCUUCAGCGCUGGACUUCUGGUUUAACUGCUGCGUUGUAAAUACUGCCACUAUCCUAAUAAAGUAUAAGGUGUAAUCUUUUCA